ACCCGGGGAGCGACGCUGCCGGAUCUCCCGCGCAGCUGAGGCAGGCGAGGGCAGGACGAAGGUCGGCACCCAGCGUGGGAAGGGCACUAAAUGAGAAUAUGGCCAAUGGCAUUGAAGAUCUUAUCGGGAUCCCAUUCCCGAACCACAGCAGCGAAGUGUUGUGCGGUCUAAACGAGCAGCGGCAUGACGGCCUCCUCUGCGAUGUCAUCCUCAUCGCACAGGACCAGCAGUACCGGACCCAUCGGUCCGUCCUCGCCGCCUGCAGCAAGUACUUCAAAAAACUCUUCACUACCGGCACUUUAGCAGACCAGCCCUAUGUUUACGAGAUUGACUUUGUCAAGCCUGAAGCACUUUCUGCCAUCCUGGAGUUUGCCUACACCUCAACUCUCACCAUCACCACCUCAAACGUCAAGCACAUCCUCAGUGCUGCCAAGAUGCUGGAGAUCCAGUGCAUUAUCAAUGUAUGCCUUGAAAUCAUGGAGCCCGACCGAGAGGCGGAAGAGGAAGAUGACAAAGAGGAUGAAGAUGAUGACGAAGAUGAAGAUGAAGAGGAGGAGGAGGAGGAGGAGGAGGAGGAAGAGGUGGAAGAUUUCGUCAAUCAGGAGAACCUAACCGAUGUCCAAGAAGUAAGCUGUCACCAAAGCCCUUCUAAGUCUGAUCUUACCGAAGAAGCGUAUACAGAAGCACCUAAAGACUUUCCAAAUCACUACCCGGCCAAUAACUCCUCUGGACACUUGGGCAUGAUACGAGACUUCUCCAUCGAGUCCUUGCUAAGGGAAAACUUGUACCCUAAGGCAAACAUCCCCGAAAGGAGGCCAGCUCUCUCUCCUUUCACCCCUGGCUUCUUCCCCCAUCUAUGGAACGGCGAUUUCAGCUCCUUCCCCCAGCUGGAGGAGCCACAAGUAGACAAUGGCCCCUUGGAUCUGGUGAUUAAAAAGAGGAAGAUUAAGAAAGAGGAGGAGAAGGAAGACCUGCCUCCACCUCCUUUCCCCAAUGACUUCUUCAAGGACAUGUUUAUCAACACCCCAGCAGCUCCCUUGGGGCAUAUUAAGGCAGAGACUGACUAUAGCUCUUAUCUCAAUUUCCUAAACUCUACCCAGUUUGGUGGAGUUUUUCCCCCAUGGCCUCUGCAGGAAGAGAGGAAGAUAAAGCCCAAAGCGUCCCAGCAAUGUCCCAUCUGUAACAAAGUCAUCAUGGGGGCUGGGAAGCUGCCCAGGCACAUGAGGACCCACACGGGAGAGAAGCCGUAUAUGUGCAAUAUCUGUGAAGUCCGCUUUACCAGGCAGGACAAGCUCAAAAUCCACAUGCGGAAGCACACGGGGGAGCGGCCGUACCUCUGCAUCCACUGCAACGCCAAAUUCGUGCACAACUACGACCUGAAGAACCACAUGCGCAUCCACACGGGCAUCCGGCCCUACCAGUGCGAGUUCUGCUACAAGAGCUUCACCCGCUCCGACCACCUCCAUCGCCACAUCAAGCGCCAGAGCUGCCGCAUCGCGCGGCCCCGGCGCGGGCGCAAGCCGGCGGCAUGGCGGGCGGCCGGCCUGCUCUUCGCUCCAGGAGGCCCUCCCGUGGAGAAGAGCUUCGUGGUGCCACCCACUUUGGAGGACAUGAGCGGCCACCUCGGAGGCGCGGCCAUGUGCCUUCCCGGCCCCAGCCCGAAGCACUUUUUGAGCGGGCCCAAGACCCCCUUCAGCCUGCAAGAGCUGGAGAGCCAGUUUGAAGAAACGCAGAUGAAGCUCUUCAGGAGGGCCCAGCUGGACAUGGAGAGGAACACGGGCAUCUUCGCCUUCCUGGGCCAUAACGAAAGCCUUGCUGCCCAACCCUUCUUCCCCCUCUCCGAUCCUUGGAGCACGGGCUUCAACGGCUUGGCGGGGCUCGGCCAUGUGGCUCCCAUGUCAGAGCCAAGCAACUAAACCCACGGGCCUGCUCCCUUCCCAGCAGGACUACCAGCCCCUUCGGGGUCUUCGCGUUCUCUCCACAUCAUCUGGCUCCCAAGAAGCUCCCCAUGACUUGCCACCAUGGCCUACUGCCGGGCUUGGGGCACGGGGCCACCCCAGGGGUGAGGAGCUGGCUGGGCUGUUGUUGUGUCCCAUGGCCACUAGCACUUUAGACUCUACGAUGCACUUGGCUCUGGGGCCAUGAGGCACUUGCAGCCCGUCCGGCCGCCCACUGCACGCGACUCUGUCUGGGAAGGCCAGGCCUGGACUGCUGCUCUCUUCAACGCUCCCCAAAAUCUCACUUGCCUUAGUCCAGGGCACGGCCACGGGGAUGAGAUGGCUCUUUCUGGGGAAGACGUUGCCCAUUUUCUACCCACGGGGCCCACUGGAUACUGACAAGUUGUCCAGACCUGGUUUUGAUAUGUUACAUUCCUUAGCCCUUUUGGUCAAAAAUGACUUUGUGUGUUUGUUUUUAAUUCCCAUGUCUGGCAACAAAACUUAUUCUACAGGGGAUAAAGAGGAGGGUUAAGCAGCCUUGCUGGGAGGAUCCCAGCUGCUGCCCUUCUCAGCAGUAUAUAAGAUUUGCAGGAUGAGUUGGGACCCUAAAAAAGUUUUUAAAAAAUACAAAAAAAAAAAAAAAAGGACAUAAAAUCACCCAACAGCAAAAAAAAUGGGUGAGAAAGGUGGAGUUUUUUAGUUUAUUCUGCUUCUUUGGCCAUUUCAAAAUUUCAGAAGGAGAACCAAAGCCGGAUU